AUGGCCGACGAGAAGCCUGAGGCUGUGCCGUAUGGCUACGACGAGAGUCAAGUUGGCUUUGAGGAGCCGUUUGUUCAUGGCGCCGCUACUGUUGGUGGUGAGACUGGACGAGGAGGAGACACACAUCGUGGACUGAAGAGUCGACACAUCCAGUUUCUUGCGCUUGGUGGUGCUAUCGGAACAGGUCUCUUCAUCGGAUCUGGAUCUAUCCUAGCCCUUGUCGGUCCUGCUCCCUUGUUCAUGGCUUACCUCAGUAUGAUGCUUGUUGUUUACAACGUUAUGAACAACUUGGCUGAAAUCGUCACCUACCUUCCCAUGCGCGGUAUCACUAUCCCUUACUUCAUCAAGCGAUUCGUAGACCCGAGUCUCGCAUUCGCCGCUGGUUGGAAUUACUGGUACGCCUACGCGAUUUUAGUGGCCGCUGAAGCUACAGCUGGAGCAAUCCUUGUCGAGUACUGGGAGACGCCUGUCCACAAUGCUGUCUGGAUCACCAUCUUCCUGGUCGUGGUCUUGUUCCUCAACAUCGUCGCAGUCGAGGUUUUCGGAGAAGCCGAGUUUUGGUUCGCUUCCAUCAAGUUUAUCACCAUCAUCGGUCUCGUUAUUCUCGGCUUUGUGAUCAUGCUAGGUGGCAGCCCAAACGAUCAAGGCCGGCUCGGGUUCAGGUACUGGAACAAUCCCGGAGCUUUCAAACCGUACAUCGUGGAAGGGAACUCCGGGCGCUUCCUGGCCUAUUGGACUGCGUUCGUUCGUGCCGGAUUCGCUUUCAUCACUUCGCCUGAAUUGAUUGCGCUUGCCGCCGGAGAGACGAUUGCCCCACGUCGGAACAUCCCCAAGGCUGCUGGCCGCUUCGUUUACCGUCUCGCCAUCUUUUACGGUCUGGGUAGCUUCAUCAUCGGUGUUAUUGUCCCAUCAGACGAUGAUCGCCUCCUCAGCGAGAGCUCCAACGCUUCCGCUUCUCCCUUCGUCAUUGGUAUCCAGCGUGCGGGAAUCGUAGGUCUGAACCACGUCGUUAAUGCGGCCGUCUUGACAUCGGCAUGGUCUGCCGGAAACGCUUUCUUGUUCUCUGGAUCUCGUGUCUUGUAUGGUAUGGCUCUCAACGGAGAAGCGCCUAAGAUCUUCGGCAGAACCAGCAAGAAAGGUGUACCAUAUGUGGCUGUUCUCGCUACAUGGGCCAUUGGACUUCUCGCAUACCUGAAUGUCUCUAGCACUGGCGCCCAGGUCUUCUUGUGGUUCUCCAAUAUCUCCACCAUCUCUGGAUUCAUUGCCUGGAUCGUCGUCAUGAUCACGUACAUCCGCUUCCGCAAGGCGAUGAUCUUUCACAACUUGCUCGAAUCUCUGCCCUACCGCACACCGUUCCAGCCAUAUCUUACAUACUUUGUUCUCGGCGUAGUUUCGCUCCUGACUCUGACCAACGGUUUCCAGGUCUUCGUGCCUGCCAACUGGGCCGUUUCCGACUUCCUUGCCGCCUAUAUCACCAUCCCGAUCUUCAUCGUACUUUACGCUGGCCACAAGAUCUACUUUAGGACGCCAUUUGCAAUCAAGGUCGAGCACAUUGAUGUUAUAACAGGUGUGCGAGAGAUGAACGAGUUGUGCAAGGACGAUAUCACCGGUGCACCUGUGCCGAAGAACGUUAUGCAGAAGAUCUGGUACUGGAUUGCUUAG